AGCAAUAAGAAGACAAAAAUACCCAUGAAGGCAGGCAUAAAAUCAAAUGGUGCUCGCACGCAGCACCGUCACGUCAGUCACGUCAGUCGGUUAUCCACCCCGCAUGGCGCCCUGCACGUCCCUCCAGGUACCGCCAUUGACCACCUUGGUGUAGCCGAGCUUCUUGAGCGCGGCAAUGCCGACGUUGGACCGCAUCCCCGACGCGCAGAAGCAGACGAUCGGCGUGCUCUUGUCGGCAGGCAGCUCGCUGGCCCGGCCCUCAAUCUGACUGCUCACACACACACACACGCACACACACAGACACUCGGAACGACCAGGCCAGUGAAGGUGUACGCCUCGCUUGUGGCUGCUCCGUUUCUUUCUUACGUGUGUGGGAUAUUGGUGGAGCCCUCUAUGUGGCCGCCUGCAUAUUCGCCGGCUGACCUUACGUCGAGGAGGAACCGGUUGGGGUUGGUGAGGGUGGCCUUCAGAUCUGAGCGGCUGGAUGAGCCCAUCGCCAUGGAGGGGCUGCAGCACGAGAAACACAGCUGCAUCAAUCAAUGCGCCAUAAGACGCUGCAGCAUGUUUUCCGCUCGGUCACCUGGGAAGAGUGCGAGCUGAGCUGUCAGGACGGAGGGAUUGAAUGAAUGCCUUGUCUGCUCCUUGCACUGAGAUGAGUAUUGCGUGCAU